GACAGAAAUGCUGGUAUUUUGUGGCAAAGCUUUGACUAUCCAACUGAUACUUUGCUGCCAGAGAUGAAACUUGGAUGGGACUUACGGACAGAUCUUAAUCGACAAAUAUUGGCGUGGAAGUCCCCAGAUGAUCCAUGCCCAGGAGACUUAAUUUAUGGGGUAGUGCCAUACAAUAAUCCUGAUACUGUUGUUUGGAAAGGCUCGAGAGAAUACUCUCGGACAGGCCCCUGGAAUGGCAUUGGAACAAGUGGUGCACCCCAAUUGAAGCCAAAUCCGUGGUUUACGUACAACUUAGUCUCAAAUGAAGAGGAGGUUUACUACAUUUUUUCCCUCAAAAACAAAUCAGCAAUCACAAGGCUUAUUGUGAACCAAACUACCACAAGGGUGGAACGCUAUUUGUGGAAUGAAGACACUCAGACUUGGACAGUGUCCAACCAUAUUCCAUGGGAUGACUGUGACAUCUAUGGGACUUGUGGGGCAUAUGGGACCUGUGUCAGUACAGCACUACCGCCUUGUCAAUGUUUAAGAGGUUUCAAGCCAAAAUCGCAAGAAGAAAGCUCAGUGGACUGGCUUCAGGGAUGCGUGCGCAAUAAACCUUUAGCUUGCCACGAAGGUGAUGGGUUUAUCAAAUUUGGUGGGCUGAAACUGCCAGAUACUGCACAUUCUUGGGUGAAUAAAAGUGUGAACCUCAAGGAGUGCAGGACUAAAUGCUUAGAGAAUUGUUCCUGUAUGGCCUAUACAACCUUGAAUAUUAAAGAAUCCAGCGGUUGUGCAAUUUGGUUUGAUGAUCUAAUUGAUCUUAGACAGGUCCAAUCUUCUGGACAAGAUUUAUAUGUUCGAAUGGCUGCUUCUGAUUCAGGAAGAAGAAAUGGCACGAGCAAUGAAGGGCAAAAUGAAGAUAUCGAACUCUCAUUAUUUGAAUUGGCGGUAAUAUCCAGGGCCACCAAUGACUUCUCUUCCCACAACAAGCUAGGAGAAGGUGGCUUUGGUCCUGUAUACAAGGGUACUCUGCCAGACGGAAAAGAAAUUGCUGUGAAGAGGCUCUCCAGAAGCUCUGAACAAGGAUUAGUAGAGUUUAAAAAUGAAGUAGCACUUAUAGCUAAACUUCAACAUCGAAAUCUUGUAAAGCUUCUAGGAUGUUGCAUUCAGGGGGAUGAAAAACUGCUGAUUUAUGAAUAUAUGCCUAAUAAAAGUUUGGACUUCUUCAUUUUUGACCACACAAGAAGAAAUCUAUUGGACUGGCCAAGGCGUUUUCAUAUUAUUUGUGGAAUUGCUAGAGGGCUUCUUUAUCUACAUCAAGAUUCUCGACUGAGGAUCAUCCAUAGAGAUCUCAAAGCAAGCAAUGUUUUGCUUGAUAGUGAAAUGAACCCCAAAAUUUCAGAUUUUGGCAUGGCUAGAACGUUUGGAGGAGAACAAUCUGAGGGAAACACAAGGAGGGUGGUUGGAACCUAUGGUUAUAUGGCACCAGAAUAUGCCAUUGAUGGGCAAUUCUCUAUAAAAUCCGAUGUUUUCAGCUUUGGAAUACUAUUGCUGGAAAUAAUAAGUGGAAUGAAGAAUAAAGGGUUUUACCAUGUCAACCACAGUGUUAACCUUAUUGGCAAUGUAAGCAUGGAGAUUGUGGAAGGAGGGAAAUCCUUCAAAACUGAUUGAUUCAUUUGUAAUGGAGUCUUGCAAUCUAUCUGAAGUAUUAAGGUGCAUCCACAUUAGUCUCUUAUGUGUUCAACAACACCCUGAGGAUAGGCCAAAUAUGUCAU